AUGUCGACGCAUGAAGAUAGGGAAAAGGACGAUGUCCUUGAUGGUCCGGUGGGUGAAGACACAGGCCCUACCAUGGACCACGCAAACCCGAUGUUCUCGGCUCCGACCCCAAACGUCAACAUCGACGCAAAUAUUAUUCCUCUAUCAGGUGCAUGGGCGGCGCUAGCACACGCCACGUCUGAUCGGGGCGUGAAAGGUCUCCUUGGUCCAUUGCCGCCCAAGUUCUCCGGCUUGGCGGUGCCAGAGAAGAACCCAAUGUCGAUGCAGCUCACGCAUGAGGAAGGUAGUGGUAGGGUGCGCAGGAUGGGACCAUUUAGUGGCGUGAUGAAUUUCUUGGGGCAUGAGUACGUGAAGGAGAGGCCUAGGACGGAGGAAGGGAUUAUUGAGGAGAAUGAGAGCAGCGAGGAGGAUGACGCGUCUGUGGAUAGGAGUUUGAUUCUUGGGGCUUGA